AUGCCUUCGAAAAUCGCUUCUUCGAUUAACCCGCCUGCGACAGUCAUUGUCACCGGUGCUAAUGGUUUUAUUGCCCAACACUGCAUUGCUGCAUUACUCAAGCAAGGCUACAAUGUUGUUGGCACAGUCCGGUCUGCGUCUAAAGUCAAACCUGUAAAGGAAGCACAUCAGUCACACGACAAUCUGCAACUAGUUGUUGUGGACGACAUAACUUCACCAGAGUGUUACCUCAAGGCUUUCAACAACUUGACACCGAGUGCAAUUUUACACCUCGCCGCACCAUUUCACUACAACGCGAGCGACUUCGAAAAAGAGUUGAUGGUUCCCGCUGUGCUUGGUUCCACAGCAAUUCUCGAUGCAGCCGCUCAAAUCAAGACCAUCAAGCGUGUCGUCCACACAAAUAGUUUUGCCUGUAUUUACGACGCCGCCGCCGGACCAUCUCCAGAAAAGACUUAUACUUCCAAGGAUUGGAGCCCGCUCACAUACGAAGACGGAGUCAAUGCUCCCAAUGCACCUACCGCAUACCGAGCCAGCAAGACAGCAGCCGAGAAAGCAGCAUGGAAUUUCAUGACAGAAAAGAAGCCAGGCUUUGAUUUAGUCAGUUUGUGUCCCACGAUGGUUUUUGGCCCAUUUCUUCCUGCCGCGAAGCCCAAGUCCAUCGGGGAGGUCAACACCAGCAACCUCAUGGUUUGGUCUGUCGUAUCUGCUGGCAAGAACGAAUCUAUUCCUCCCACAAAAGGCCCAUGCUGGGUGGACGUCCGCGACGUGGCGGAUGCCCACGUCAAGGCUCUACUCGUACCUGAGGCGGGUGGCAACCGUUACAUGCUCUGUCAGAGCGUCUAUUGCAAUCAGGAACUUGCCGAUGUGAGCCGCAAGGUGACUACCAAAUAUGCGGAGACGAUUCCGGUCGGCGAACCUGGCAAGCGAGAGAGCCAUACCCACUACGGAGUCGACGCUAGCGAUGCCGAGAAGGUACUCGGCCUCAAGUGGAGAGGUCUGGAAGACUGUCUGGGCGACCUUGUGCCUCAGUUAUUUGAGAUUGGGCGGACCCAGGUUGCGGCAUAG